AUGCUGUUCGCGCAGCUCAGCGACGUCGCGCCGGACGGUGCGGUGAGCCGCGUCUCCUUCGGCGUGAAGGACCUGACGCAGGCCGCGGGCGACGACCGAAUUGAGUACCUCCAGCAGGGCAGGCGUGUUCGCGCCAGGGCCCUGCUGAACUACUGCGCCCACCGCUUCGGCACGGGCCACCGCCUGCGGCUCUCGCUGGCGAACGGCCACUGGCCCACGUUCUGGGUGCCGCCGGGGGCCAACACCUUGGCGCUGGACCUCCGCACGGCCGCGUUGCUGCUCCCCACGUUCCGCGGGCCGCCCAUCGCCGGCCCGGACCCGCAGCCGGAAGCGGCCCCGCCCACCCCUUCACAGUCCUGCCUCCGGGGUAUGUGGACCGCUCCGUCACGUACGACGUCGCCAAGGACGAGUGGACGCGCGUUACAAAAGGCGUGGGCGGCGUCUUCGGCGAGGACGUCUACCGUUUCGAAGAGGUAA